AGUUAUAUCUCUCUCAAAUAAUUCAGUUGUAGGUAUCGCAUUGGGGUUUUCCAUGGAGAAGUCGGAGUUGGACAAUGGACCACGCCAUGGUUCCUGCGAUUCACCAGACCUCAUUAGCACCCUCUCGGAUGAUCUGCUCCUCCAGGUCCUGCAGCGCCUCAGCUGUGCCGGCGCCGCCGUGCGCACGUGCAUCCUUGCCCGCCGGUGGCAUGGCUUCUGGACCCACCUCCCCAAAGUCGCCGUCAUCCUCCAUGAUGUCCCAUUCGGCUCGCUCGAGGCCGCGCUCCAGCGUGCUGCUCGUCCCGGGGUGUUCCACCGCCUCCUCCUCGACAUCAGCGUCCCCUGGCAAGACGACAUUCCCUUGAGCUUCCCCUGGCAAGAAGGCAUGCUCACCUCCUCGAGUGUCUCCUCGUUGCUCCGUGCCGCCGCAAGGCUCGCACCAGUGGAGCUGCGCUUCACCCUCCUGCAGAACCUGCAGGACCAUUGUCUAGACGUGGACCUGCCCCGCUUGGACCGCGCCACCUCCAUUGACCUGCAUGCGGGGUACCUCCGCUUUGCCCCGCCACGAGCUAGUGCUCGGUUCCUCUCACUGAAGAGACUCUCCCUCUCGGGCUGCCAUGUCGACCUAGCCGCGUUGAUCCCGCGCUGCCCCUGCCUACGCUUUCUCACGGUGAACACCACUGGUUUGGUAGGCAUGGACAAACUCACAAUGCACUCACAGUCGCUGCAGGAACUUGUUGUAAAGGGCCGGAAUACGUGGACAGCCCGUAUCGACGUCGAGGCCCCCAUGCUUAAGCAAUUGGUAGCGCACUUCCAUGCUGGCGGCCACCUCGGGGUCUCCGUCUUAGCACCAAUGGUGGAGAAGGUCUCGUGGCAUUGCUCGUAUAAAAGGGCGUUCUACAGACUUGGUCUUUGGGGCCUCCGGGAGGUCUGCUUAAACACGACAGAGAGGCACUUGCAGAUGGACUCUGGAAAAAACACAUCUUCGCAGCACCCCAUCGUCCAUCUCCUUUCCCUGCACAUGUGUGUCCAAGAUUCAUUUAAUUCUCGAAAUGCAGAGCUCCGCUUCGAGUCCGAGAUACAUAAACAUAUGUUCACCAACUUCUCUUGUUUGGACCUGCAUCUCAGAACCAGGCAUGGGUUCGGAGCAUUAGUGUUGCGUCUCCUUGGGAUGGAUCAGAUUCGUACAACUAUACGUAACCUUAAGAUCAUCCUACUAAGAUCAGAGGUGAAAGAUGCAUGCCCGAUAAAUUGUCUCUGUGAUGAGCCUAAGGACUGGAGAACACAAACUAUCUCCUUGGCUGAUCUUGAAACCGUGGAAAUAGGAGGCAUUGAUGGGGAAGAUCACGAGUUUGAUUUCGUGAAAGUGAUAUUUAAUUGUGCUCUAAUGCUUAAAAGAGUGACUCUAAGGCUGGCAGAUGGUGCCACUCCAUGUGUCGAUUGGUGCUCAAAAGUACACAACGUAUUUAAGGCAUAUCCUUUUGUGAAGUGCAACAUUGAUCUGGUAAGCAGGCUUGAUGCUAUCUGAUAGAACAAUCCAGGAGCAGCAGGAGCCCAGGAAACAAUAGACUAACCUCUUGUCUGUGCAUGCCUCAAGUUGUUUACAUUGAAUAUGAACCGGUUUAUUUGUCAAAUUUUGAAUAUCUUGACUACAUGUGGCAUACUUCCUGAGCAAAUUAGCAUCAAGGAGAAUCCAUGUCCGUACUCAGAUUAUUCAUCCACUAAUAGAGACUCCACUGAUGGCGGCUAAGAUGUGUGAUCAUUCAUGAUGUUUGUCUGAAGACUUCUGUUUCUCUAAAGAAUCUGUAAUUGUAGGUUGUAGCCAUGUGUUGGCCGUUAGCCUGUAACCAUGAAGUUCUGUUUCUGCUUCCCUAUCUUUGGUCUCUGCCGAAAACCUGUCUUUGUGCUUUGUUAGGUGCAACUUAGCUAGACGUUUUCCACUUUGUCAGCAAUCUGCCGGGAAU